UCAAACACAACACACAAGUAACCCUUAAUUUCUAUCGUUUUCAGCUGUAGCAGCCACUAACUCAAAUCAUCUCCUCUCUUCUUAGUCUUUUCAAUCAAACCACAAGAAUCUCGAGUCCAGUAAGCACGAUAGAAAGAAACUCAUGGUGACUUCUCUUCUUCUUAUUAUCUAUUUUACCCCUUUAAAAUAUUCUAUGCAGAUUCUUUAUAUUUGCUACCGUUUGAAUUGGUCUUAAAACUCUCCAGGGACCAAUGAUGAGAGUAGAAGAAGAAAGUCCAUCAUGGCUAAUACCAUUGCUAAGAGCAAACUACUUUGUCCCAUGUUCGAUCCACGCUGAUUCCAACAAAAGUGAAUGCAACAUGUUCUGUCUUGACUGCAGUUCUAGUUCCUUUUGCUCUUACUGUUUGAGCAAUCAUAAAAACCAUCGUGUUCUUCAGAUACGAAGAUCAUCAUACCACAACGUUGUAAGGGUGAACGAGAUUCAGAAGUACAUAGACAUCUCUUGUGUUCAGACAUAUAUAAUUAACAGCGCAAGGAUCGUGUUCUUGAACGAACGUCCUCAGCCAAGAAUCGGCAAAGGCGUUACCAAUACUUGUGAAAUAUGUUGCAGGAGCCUCCUUGAUUCUUUCCGUUUCUGCUCUCUCGGUUGCAAACUUGGAGGGAUGAAGAGAGGAAAUCAAAGUCUUUCCUUCUCUUUAAAAGGGAAGCAUGGGAGAGAAUAUCAAGGUGAAGCGGAAUCUGAUGAGGCGACCACACCAACUAAGAUACGCAAGACAUGUGCUUUCAACCGUCUGAUGAAUGGUCUCUCCAUCUCCACCGUUAAAUCAGAUUACUUUUCAGGAGAUCAGUGGUCUUCAAGCUCCGGUGAUGAAAGUGGUUUUAAUCUUUCUCCGGGGACACCAACUAUAUAUAAUCACCGGAACUCAAGCAGACGGAAGGGCGUACCACACCGUGCUCCGUUCUGAACUUAACCAACACGUAACUAACCAUAUAGAAAGGUUUCCCGUGGUCAUAGGUCAUAGUAUUGUAAAUGGUUAGUAUUGUUUUUCUUUUAAAGCCGUAGAAAUAGAUAAUAUAAAGAAAAUCAUAUACAUCGCUGUUUCCUUUGUUUAUAUCGUAUAGGAAAUAUGUUUGUAGUAUUAAGGGAUUGAAGUAUGUUUCUAUAUAGUUUUUAAACUUUUUAUU